AUGAGCUGUGUAGCACGAAGAACCGACGAGCUCAAGAUCUCCAUCGAGAUCGACAAGGAGCUCAGACACGAGGAGCGCCGCUUGAAGCGCGACAUCCAGAUCCUGCUGCUCGGCGCAGGCGAGUGCGGCAAGUCGACCAUCUUUAAGCAACUAAAGAUCCUGCAGGACAAUGGCAAGUGGACGGAGCGCGAGCUGCUCGAGUUCCGCAACAGCAUCUAUGUAAAUAUCACCUCUCAAUUGCUCGUCCUCGUCAUGGCCUGUGAGAAGUUCAAUAUACCUCUGUUGCCCCAGAAUCAAGAUAUACCAGAGAGGAUUAAGAAUCGUCAACAUCUCACAGAGGAUUGGACUGCUGAAGUGGCAGACGAUGCCACCAGACUCUGGUCCGAUCCAGCUAUUAGAUCAGUUUACGAUCGUAGAGAUAAGGAUUUCCAAUUGAACGAUUCAGCUAGAUAUUUCUUUGAUAACUUAGCAAGGAUAGCAGAUUCAAAGUAUUUGCCGACGCCACAGGAUGCCCUUCGAUCAAGAGUGAUGACAAAGGGUAUUGUAGAGGCUGAUGUUGUGUUUGAUGGCAUUUCGAUGAAGAUCAUUGAUGUUGGAGGACAGCGUUCACAACGACGCAAGUGGAUUCACUGUUUCGAUGGCGUGUCAGCGGUGAUCUUUGUCGCAGCACUGAGCGAGUACGAUCAGAUGUGUCGCGAGGUUGCCGUCAACCGUCUCGACGAGUCAAUCAACCUCUUCUCAGAGAUUAGCAACAGCCAGUGGUUCGUAACCACUCCAAUGAUCCUCUUCCUCAACAAGAAAGAUCUACUCAUCGAGAAGUUACAAAGAGUGCCAUUCAAUACUUAUGAUUCACAUUAUACAGGCGACAACUCAUUCUCUGAUGUAUCAACAUAUAUAAAGAAAAAGUUCCUGGCCACAAUGAAGAACUCCCAGAAGGAUAUAUACACUCACAUGACAAUCGCCAUCGACACUCAGAACAUCGACUUUGUAUUUAAGGCCGUGAAGGAGAUCCUCUUGAAACAGACUUUCAAAGAGUUUUAA